AUGGGCGCUUGGGAAACUGAAGACGAGGGGACCGAUCCGGCGGUGUCAUUGCCGACCCGCAAUCCUUCGAUACGCAACCGUUCUCGAAACCAAUCCCGAGCUUCGCGCAAAUCCAGACGGUCCAUCACACCAACGAACAGGUCGGGAAGCUCCUCCCCGCCACCUUUGCCCGCCGAUUGGGUUGACAAGGGAUCAAAAAGAGCAUCGAAAGCCAUAAGCAUAGACGACAACAUCAGCAUUCUUGACCCACGACGAUUUACCCCUACGCUUCACGCCAGUCUAGUCUCAGAGAUAUUGUCUUUGAGACGUGAUCAAGAGGAGAAGCUUAAAGUCAUCGAGGGCCUGGAGACGUCGCUGCAGACUACACGAGAAGAGUCCGAGUCCUUGCAAACGACGCUUUUGAACACUACCAAGGAAAGCCGGUCGUUGAAACGCCAAAUUGCACUUUUGGAAGGCGGAACUUCUUCUGCAUUAGAUCAACUGGCCAAAGAACGCGAUGAGGCUGUGGAAUCUGCGAACGACACCAAGAAGAGGCUAGAGACCACCCAGAAGAAACUGAGAAACCAGGAGGAGGAUAUCGAGCGUGUCCAUCAGCAAUGGGCGAAAGAAAAGGAUAUGUGGGAGGAGGAGAAGCGGAAGCUUGAGGUCCGUAUUCACGUUGCGGAAAGCCGCCUGAAGGUGGUCCUUGAUGAGGUCACUGCGUUCCAAGCUGCGCAGACAACCGCUAGCCUUAAUCGCCCUAAGAGUGCGGCUGGCAGCGAAACCGGACAAGAAAACGAUGGCGCAAGCGUCCGAACUCUCAGCUUGACCAACAGCAUUCGGUUCUCUACUGUCAGUGCAAUGAUGAAGCCGAAUGGUAAAACCUUGGCAGACGAGCUUGAUUUCGAUGGAGACUACGAGGAUGAAAGCGACUACGGCGGCCGUCAGAGUGUCUUGUCUAACCGUGGACACAUGCGAAUCACAAGCCGUGACAGUGCGUUCGUGCGGCUUUCAAGCCGUGAAAGCGGUCACACGCGACAUGGAAGCCGCGAUACCCUUUUCUCCAUCAAGACACACCGACGACACCAAAGCUCCGAAAGCCUUCUCAGAUCUGCUAGCAUUAAUCGUGGAAAGCUAUCUCUGAACCAGUCCACCCUUGAUAGACUGGAAGGCGCCGUGAUCAAAGAGGAUGAGGAGUUGCAGCCGCAAACACCGAAGCCAACUUAUGUCGAUACUGGGAUUCAAUACUCGCCGCCUCCUUCUCCCAGGAUUGCGCCAAUCGAACCAUGGACUCCUCAACCAGCUCUAACCCCGUCUCACCAACCAUACGAGAGGCCAUCUGAUGUUGAUAGCCCACCCCGUACCGACACUGAAUCUGAGCCAAACUCAAGAAGGAAGAGAGUCAACCUUGGGGGUCCGUUGUCAAUCAAGCCACCCAACACACAAAACCUGAUGGUGAACGGAGCGACGCAAACCAUGGCGGAGCCGCUUAGCCCACCUCGAACACCCAAGUGGCCAGGCCAGGAUUCACUGCCCACACCCCAAGCGACGCCAUCUUCUAUGGUAACUUCCUUUACGCAAACCGAAGUUCCUUCGGUUCAGCUGCAGCCAAUCGGCCUUGAGUCUCCUUCAUACACUAUUCCCAGUAUUAGCAUCAUCCCUCCUUCGAGCCGACCUGCGUCGCCGUGCGAGCCAUUCCUGGAGCCCCUAUCUAAGGACUUUGGCUGUCAGGUCUCCAUGCCUGCUCGUGUGCCUAUGCAGUCGACUGCAGUGCAAACUGAGGAGAUUCGGGUUGACUUGCGGUUGGCUAAGCUCCCAACCCACUUGCAUCCAUCCGCCAUCAUCUCGAGACCUGUUUCGCCAGCUGUUUCGUCCGUUGAUCAGCACGCCGAGGAAGCUAGACAGUUCACUCCAGUACCAGGAAAUCUACCACCUCGGAACCCAAGGCGACUGACCAACAAGCACAGUUCGUCUGAGAUCCCAUCCUCGCCACCUAUCGCAGCAUCUCCGAUCUUGGAAAAUAUGUAUGAUGCCUACCCUGGAAGUAACGAUGACGAGCCGUUGUCUCAUCAUGACGCUCCUGUUCGAAGACCGCGCCGGAUUGGCAGCUUGUUUGCCGAUUUCAAUGGACAUAGCUCGGACGAGGAAGAAUUUAUGGAUCCGGCGGACCAGAGCGAUUCAGAAUAUCGCACAGCUUUAUCUGCUCCCAGGCCUGUGACCAAUUCUAGCUUUGGCAAACGUAGCUCUGGAAGCACUGCACCGAUGAGCUCACCAGAGCACACCUUUCUCCAAAGGACCGCUGGGGUACAUAACACUCUUCGCGGGCUUGAAGAGGAGGAAAAUGACACUUCAGACGUCUUUGACUCUGUCAGCAUUUUCCAUCAGCGCGAUAGCCGCGAUUUGAGCCUGGUUCGAACUGCUUCCAGGCGUUCAGGACGGUCAACCGCUUCCAAGGCAAAUGGCAUGCGAAGGGCUGCUUUGAUACAGAGCGGCAUCGUAUCCCACUCUUUGGCAAGAACCUCGAGCCAUGCUACGGACACCGCGGAACCGCCAUUCCCUAUCCCAAAACGUGCCAGUUCGAAGAACCCUGUUAGUACUAGUAAUCCCAGCGAGGGGCGCGGCGCAACCCCUGUGAGAAGUAACGAGGGGAUUCACAGGCGAGGUUCAAGUCGUGGUCCUUACCGGGCAAACAGCAUCCGGAAAGCCCGUCCUCCAUCGGCAGUCUCGCGUAAGAGAAGCCAGCGACAUGGAAGCAGGUCUCCUCCACCCUUCAUGCCCCCAACUCAAGCAUCUGACAGCCAUGAUCUACCUCCUCUGCCGCGCAACACUAUCAGCAAUCCAAAAAAGACAGAUCGGUCGCAACGGUCGACAACGACAGCGCAGACAGACGAUCUGCCAGGUCGACCUACCAGUAACUCUAGUCAGUCGACGAGUGUCGUUGAUGCUAUCGCUAAGACAAUGGUUGGAGAAUGGAUGUUCAAGUAUGUCAGAAGACGGAAGUCGUUUGGCAUGACAGACAAGAAUGGCGAUGAAAGUAGCAACGAACGUCACAAGCGAUGGGUUUGGAUAGCCCCCUAUGAGCGCGCGAUCCUCUGGAGUAGUAAGCAACCCUCAUCUGGGACCGCGCUGUUGGGUAAAUCCGGACGCAAAUUGGUCAUUCAAUCUGUUCUUGACGUGAAAGACGAGAACCCAGCUCCCAAGGGAUCGGGCCCGCUUUUCCACAGAUCGAUUUUGAUCUUGACGCCACAGAGAGCACUCAAAUUCACGGCAGUCAAUGCAGAACGACACUACCUCUGGUUGACGGCGUUAUCAUUCUUGGCUCAUUCGAAUCAAGCCAUUCCUGAGAACCUCGCGGUCCCAACCCCAGACCCGCAGCCUGAGGUGUUCGAGCUGCCCAAGCCCAAGCCGGCGGCCGUACCGCCACCAGCACAAGCGCCCACAUCUGUCCCAGUUCCCAAGGCCAGGGCCCGAAGACCUAUUCGUGAUUCUAUUCGAUUGACAAAGGCGAAAGCGGCCAUCAUCGAAACGGAACCUGACAGAAGCUUCCCACUGCGAAUGAGUGAAGACAGUGCCGUGCCCCCAAGCAUCCCGACCUUCCGACCUACACUGGCCGAGUCUUACAAUUUUAACCCGGUGGUAAUGCACAAUCGCGAAGAGUCGUAUGAUUCCACCAUACCCCCUGCCAUUCCUCGGUUCAACGAACGGAACCUGCACGCUGCGCUGCACAAUCGCAAGCGUAGUAGCACUGGUGGCUAUCUUCCACCGCCGAUCUCAUAUCGAGGAUUGUCCGGACCGAUGAGUGGUGGAAGCUCCCAUGCGCCGUCUGAUAGUACAGCCGGCAUUAGUGUUGCCGGCUCGUCCGAUAUCUUCAGCAAUGCUGGAGCACCGAGUGUCAUGGGAUCUAGCAUCCUGGGCUCAAGCGGCAUGACAUGGGGAACCGGGUCUGUAUCUCGUGUGUCGGAGGCGUCGAGUCGACCUAGUGCUCCCAACUUCUUUGACGCGAUCGGAACUGUACGUAUGGAAGCAUUCAUACAGCCAAUGGCCUUCACCAAAUACGAUGACGACCAAGAGAGCUAUCGUUACAUGGCCCGCCGCCGAAGCAAGGAGUUUCGAAGGAGACACAGCCGAAGCUGGCAUAGGGACAGCAUUCUAAGUGGAAACACUCGGAUCACUCUCGGAAGCGAUCCCAUCGAGGACUAUGGGUACGACAGAGAUGACCCGUUCAGGGGGUUCUAAGAAGGUUAUUUAAAGCAUGGCGUUGGAGUUUUAUACUCGUUGCCUCUUUUCAUUGCAACCCAUUGCUGGCGCUCAUUUCUUUUCUUAUGUUUAGUUUUGUUAACAAUUCGGAGAGGCGGAAAAUUUGACGGCGGAAACUUUGUUUAGCAGACCAAGACUUUGAUUUCUUCAAUCAUCACACCCCUCCAAAACCAGGAAGGGGCAAGAUCAAAGAAAAAGUUAAGACGAGGCAAACAUUUACGGACAUUAGAGUCCACCAUAACUAUAACUUUUAAG